UUGAUUGAUUUCUCACGCAUGUAAACUACGUGGCGUUUUAUUUAAAAUCGAAACGACAUGCUGUUUAACCGAAGUAGCCAAAAACAGCACGAAGCUUUUUACGGGUCCGGUUUACAAGCUUCGGAUCCAGAUGUCUGGCUUCUCCAACCUCCGUCCGUAUCUCUGCAAAAAUCGAGAUUCAGAGCAAAGUACAGGCAAAAAGAUAUUUUUCUUUUAUAGGGAAAUUUUCUUUGACCGUAAAGGUUUAGGGGUUCAAAUAUCUCCGUCUCAAAAGACAUAAGUAGAUUUUUUUUUAACAGUAGCCAAUAAUUGUUGUCAUCCUAUAAAAUUAUCGAUAAAAAAGAAGAUUCUUUGUUUGUUUCCCGAGAAUAAUAUUCUCUCUAUCUCCAUCUCCAAUCAGUCAUCGGAGCUUUUUUUUUGUUUUGGUUUCUACUUCCGAAGGAAUUAAAAGAUCAAUCAAGAUUUCGGUCUUGUCCGGAAAACAGGGAAUGGAAGGAGAUGUAUUGUCAGGAUUUGGAGACAGACACAAUAUGGAUGGUAAAUUGUUGCAGAGUUUCCAGAAGAGCUUUGUGGAUGUUCAAGACAUUUUAGAUCAGAACCGGUUACUGAUCAACGAGAUCAACCAGAACCACGAGUCGAAACAGCCCGAAAAUUUGGGUCGAAACGUGGGUUUGAUUAAAGAGCUCAACAACAAUAUCAGAAGAGUGGCUAGCCUUUACGGUGACCUCUCUCAUUCUUUUGCAAGAUCAGUGGAUGCUUCAUCAGAAGGUGAAUCUAGUGGAACUUUGAAGUCUGAUGGGAAAGCUAACCAAAAGAGAUUUAGAUCCGGUUAGUAUAUUAUCAAGAACACCUAAGUUGGUCAUCGUAGAUUCAUAUUCAGAGCUUAUUGACUGAGGAGAAACAAGGAGAGUUGAGUUCUACUUCUGUAAUGUCUAUGUUGAAAUGAUAGCUAAACCAACCAGCCUAUAUGGAAAGUUGAUUUUUCAGUUUAAAAGAGCUCUUAGUUAUUGUUGGUUUAUACAUUGAAGAAACUUGUUGUAAAGUUUACACAAGAUUUCGACUUUGAUUCU